UGAGGGAGGCGAAGGAGGCGCCCAGCGGCAGCAGCAGAUCGUGGAUACGGCGGCGAGGAAGACGAUGACCGGUGGUGGAAGGAGUAGGCGGCGGGAGAUUCGGCGGAUCGAGGACGCCACAAGCCGGCAGGUGACGUUCUCGAAGCGGCGGACAGGGCUGCUGAAGAAGGCGUUCGAGCUGGGCGUGCUCUGCGACGCCGAGGUCGCGCUCGUCGUCUUCACCUCGACUGGACGUCGCUACGAGUACGGAUCAGCGCCAGAUUUGCAGAAGACAAUUGAUCGCUACCUGAACCACACAAAAGGGAGUAUACCAACCAAUGAGAAAGCUCUACCUGCCAGCGUCCAGAUGUGCAGAUUUGAGGCUACAGCCUUGAAGCAGAAGAUAGACGCAAUCGAGGCCAACCAGAGGAAGCUGUCUGGAGAAGGCUUAGGGUCGUGUUCAGCGCAGGAGCUGCAAGAGCUUGAGCUGCAGCUGAAUAAGAGCCUAACCAAUAUCCGGGAAAAGAAGCAAAAGAAGAUGAUGGAUCAAAUUUUGGAGCUCAGGAAGAAGGAGGAGAAGCUGUUGAGGAAGAACUCAGAUCUCCGCAAAGAGUACAAGGCAUUGCCUCUGCUAGAGCUGCUCACAAGAAGUGUGGCAACAGCAGACGCUGCAAGAUCACCCGGUGGCGAAGAAGGACCAGACGAUGAUGAUGAGGUGUGGUGGCGGUCGUACAUGGACGUGGACACGGAGCUGGUCAUCGGAAGGCCUAGGACGUCUAGCUAGCAGUUGCAAUGGAAACUUUAAUUCAUUCUGCUCGAUCAAGAUCGAUAAACAUAUAUUAUUUUUAUGCAAUGAUUAUGAUCAUGGCAGCA